AUGUCUCAUAUAUCUAAUGGAGCUGCCAUUGGCAUCGAUCUUGGAACUACUUAUUCAUGUGCUGGUGUUUGGUUUCACAAAAAAAAUCGGGUUGAGAUCAUACCUAAUGAACAAGGAAACAAGAUCACUCCAUCUUUCAUAUCAUUCAAUGAUUCAGAGCUCUUGGUAGGCGAGGAUGUUAAGCGACUAAUUGGAAGUAGGUUUACUGAUCCACAAGUGCAAAAAGACAUGAAGUCGUGGCCUUUCAAGGUCAUUGAAGGACCUUCGGAGAAGCCAACUGUUGUAGUGGAGUUCAAUGGUGAAGAGAAGAAAUACGCACCAGAAGAAUUAUCGGCCAUGGUUCUGAAGAAGAUGAAAGAAGCUGCUGAAGAAUUUAUCGGGACAGAAGUGACUGAUGCUGUAAUCACUGUUCCUGCUUAUUUCAAUAACAUGCAACGAGAGGCAACAAAGGAAGCAGGAGUCAUUGCAGGACUUAAUGUAUUGCGUUUGAUAAAUGAACCUACAGCAGCUGCAAUCGCAUAUGGUGUCGAUCAUAUGGAAGAUAAAGAUUGGGAUAAGGAGAAGAAUGUAUUGGUGUUUGAUUUGGGUGGUGGAACUUUUGAUGUGUCACUUCUGAGAGUUGGUAAUACAGGUUCCAUUGAUGUCAAAGCUGUUGGAGGCGACACCCAUUUAGGUGGUGAAGAUUUUGACAUGACACUCGUUAAUCAUUACAUGAAUGAAUUCAAGAAAAAACACAGUGAAGAUAUUAGUGGAAACCCUAGAGCAUUGGCAAGGUUGAAAGUUGCAUGUGAGAAAGCAAAGAGGGAUUUGUCCUCAACCACUCUAGCUUCUGUAGUUGAUUGUUUGUAUAAGGGUAUCGACUUUUCUAUUAAAAUCAGUAGAGCCAAAUUCGAGGAACUAAACUCAAGUUUUUUUGAGAAGUGUGUUCAUGUAGUGGGUGAAUGUUUGAGAGAUGGGAAAAUGGAUGUGAAGGAAGUGGAUGAGGUGGUGGUUGUUGGUGGAUCAAGUAGGAUUCCAAAGGUGCAAAGAAUGUUGGAGGAUUUUUUCAAUAGGAAAGUACUUUGCAAAGACAUGAAUGGAGAUGAAGCUGUUGCAUUUGGUGCUGCAAUCUUGGCUUCAAAGCUAAGUGGAAAUGAUAACAACGAUGAGGUUAAGCGGGAUUUGGUGUUGUUAGAUGUCAUUCCUCUCUCACUUGGUAUAGAAGUCGAUGAUUAUACCUGUGGAAAAGAUAUAAUGAAGGUUAUUAUUCCGAGGAACACGUGCAUACCCACACGCAUGAAAGAAAUAUUUUAUUCAGAUACAACACAAACAUGCAUACGAGUGUUUCAGGGUGAGAGUAUCAAUGUUAAUGAUAACAUAUUACUUGGGCAGUUUGACCUUUUUAAACUUACUCUUGGUUCGAAUGGGAGGUCACAACUAGAGGUUUGCUUCAGUAUAGAUGCUAACGGGAUUCUUCAAGUCUUUGCAGAGGAAACAUCCACAGAUAAGAGAAAAUCCAUUACAAUUGCUAAGACCUGA